UACCGAGUAGCAGCGGCACGAACGAGUUCUUUGAGCUCGUCAAUCCGGUAUUUACUGAGUUAAGAGUAGUUACUUGUUAACAUUCAAUCACUAAUGUCGUUGGUCGAUACUCGUGUCUGAUAGAAAACAAUAAUACCGAUCAACGUAUACAAUAUACAUACAUAACGUAGUCGAAAUGGCAAACAACGACAAAGAUCCUGCUGACAGGCAGCUAGAAGAUUACAAAAAGACCGUUCAGUCGGUAGGAGUUUUGAGAACCGGAAACGGCGCACCAGUCGACGAUAUUACCAACACGCUUCAGGCCGGUCCAGGUGGUCCACUCUUAUUGCAAGAUUUUACUUAUUUGGAUUCAAUCGCUCAUUUCGACCGGGAACGCAUUCCUGAACGUGUUGUCCACGCCAAAGGAGGAAGUGCACAAGGUUACUUCGAAGUGACACACGAUAUCAGCCAGUAUUGCAAAGCUUCAGUUUUUUCCAGUAUCGGCAAACAAACUUCUGUAGCUGUACGAUUUUCAACUGUCGGCGGCGAGUCGGGGUCGGCUGACACAGUAAGAGAUCCGAGAGGUUUUGCUUGUAAAUUUUACACCGAUGAUGGAAUAUGGGAUUUAGUCGGCAACAACACUCCGGUAUUCUUCAUAAGAGAUCCAGUACUAUUCCCGAGUUUUAUUCACACUCAAAAGAGAAAUCCAACCACACAUUUAAAGGAUCCUAAUAUGUUUUGGGAUUUUUUGACCCUGCGUCCCGAGUCGAUGCAUCAAGUCAUGAUUUUGUUUUCGGACCGAGGCAUUCCGGAUGGGUAUCGUCACAUGAACGGUUACGGGUCACACACAUUUAAAAUGGUCAAUGCAAACAACACGGCCGUUUACGUCAAAUUUCAUUUCAAAACUGACCAAGGAAUCAAAAAUCUAGACGUGAAGGUAGCUCGGGAUCUAGCCGCCGACGAUCCUGACUACUCGAACCGCGAUUUGUAUAAUCACAUAGCCAACGGUGAUUUCCCCUCGUGGACUCUUUACAUUCAAGUUAUGACUUUUGAACAAGCAGCCACUUGUUCGUUCAAUCCUUUCGACAUAACCAAAGUCUGGUCGCACACCGACUAUCCGUUGAUACAAGUCGGCAAACUCGUGUUGAAUCGUAACCCCACCAACUAUUUCGCUGAAGUCGAACAAAUUGCUUUCAGCCCGGCACAUUUGGUGCCCGGCAUUGAACCGAGUCCAGACAAACUUCUCCAGGGUCGUCUGUUCUCGUACAGUGACACGCACCGUCAUCGUUUGGGCGCAAAUUAUCUACAAUUGCCCAUAAAUUGUCCAUAUCAAUCGAAAGUUACUAAUUAUCAACGCGACGGGCCACAAGCUUUCGACAACCAAGGAUCGGCUCCAAAUUAUUACCCGAAUAGUUUUUCCGGUCCAGAACAACAGCCUCAUGCUUAUUUGUCACCUUAUCCCGUCUCUGGCGAUGUCGAUAAGUACGAUUUGAGUAAUGACGAUAAUUACAGUCAAGCCGGCCAACUUUACAGAAAAGUCAUGUCCAAAGCUGAACAAAAGAGAUUAGCAGAAAAUUUAGCCGACAAUGUAAAAAACGCCGCAGACUUUAUACAAGAAAAAGCCGUUUUCCAUUUCACUCAGAUAGACCAGGAAUUGGGAGACAAUGUCAAAGAUUUGUUGAAACGAGCCAAGUACAUAAAGGCUAAUCUUUAAAGUUUGAAAACUUUUCAAAAAUACUUAUUUAUACUAUUUUUUUAUAUAUAUAUAUAUUUUUUUUUGUGUGGGUAGCGUGUAAAAUAUACACUAUUGAUUGAUUUUUUCUUCUUAAAUUAAAAUAGUAUUUAUUAUUAAACUAUUAUAAUAGGUACAUGUUAUAUUAAUAUUAUUACAAUUUCGCAGAGUCUAAAUUCGU